AUGACCGCCUCGACGGCCCGCGAGUACGGGGCGGGCCCGUGCCGCGUCAACACGCUGCCCCCGCUGUACCCGCACUGCAUGCGGCACCAGCAGCACCGGUGCCUGUACGGGAACCCUCAAGCGCCCCUGGGGCGGUGCCUGCCCCAGGCGGCUAGCGACGGGCACCUGGACGGGCUGCUCCAGCGCCGCGCCUCGGAGCGCAGCAGGCGCCCUCUGCCCAGCGACGGCCUGCUCGUGCUGAAGGUGGUGAGCUCGGCGUGCGCUGAGCCGGACAAGAAGGCGCACUACGAGAUCGUGAGCGUGAACGAGAGGCACGGCCGGUUCCGGAAGGCGGUGCCGUGCAUGCCGCUUGCCCUCUCCAUCCUGCUGUGCAUCGUCAACAUGCUGGCGCCCGGAUUCGGGACCUUCUUAGCUGCCUUAACCGUGCUCUGUGGCUGCCCGACGGAGUACGACGACAAGUGCACGGCCUUCCUGUACAACGUCCUAGCCUCACUCCUGCAACUGUUCACCGCGCUAAUCGUGGUCGGAUGGGUGUGGAGCAUCAUGUGGGGUAUCACCUUCGUCAGCAUCAGCAUUACAAAAAAAGAGCAUGACAUUGUGGCUGCCAGCUUAUGAUUAAGUGGGUUACUGGAACCCUAUUUUUGAACUUAUGCUACGAGGAAACGGUUUGAAAUCAUAUGCACAGUCCAUUACUUGUGAAACACAUUCUGCC